AUGUCUUCCCAAAUCAAGUUCCAACCGGAACUAGACGUUUUGAAACAAUUAGUUAUUGAAAAUAAUGAUGAAGAUAUUAAUAUGUAUCCAGUCUAUGCAUUCUUACCAUCUUUAGAAUUGACUCCACAUGUAGCUUAUUUAAAAUUAACAAAUUUAAAUGAUAAAAAUCGUACAGAAUCUUUUCUAUUAGAAGGUGCAAAGACUAAUAAUGAAUUAGAUCGUUAUUCCUUUAUUGGUUUAUCUCCAAGAAAAAUUAUUAAAACUGGACCAACUGAAUCAUUAGAACAAGAUCCUGUAACUUUAUUACAAGAAGAAUUGAAAAAGACAAAAUUAGCUGAAAAUGUUCCAGGUUUACCAAAAUUAAGUGGUGGUGCAAUUGGUUAUAUUUCUUAUGAUUGUGUUCGUUAUUUUGAACCAAAGACAAAAAGACCAUUAAAGGAUGUCUUAAAGGUUCCUGAAGCUUAUUUAAUGCUUUGUGAUACUAUUAUUGCAUUUGAUUAUGUAUUUCAAAGAUUUCAAAUUAUUCAUAAUAUUAAUACUAAAGAGACGACUCUUGAAGAAGGUUAUAUUCAUGCUCAAAAGAUUAUUUCUGAAAUUUACAAUAAACUAACUGAUAAUUCUAAACCAAUCGAAUAUCCUGAACAACCAUCAAUUAAAUUAGGACAAACUUUUACAUCAAAUAUUGGUCAAGAAGGUUAUGAAGGUCAUGUUCGUACUUUAAAGUCUCAUAUUAAAAAGGGUGAUAUUAUUCAAGCUGUACCAUCUCAAAGAGUAGCAAGACCAACUUCAUUACAUCCUUUCAAUAUUUAUCGUCAUUUAAGGACAGUAAAUCCAUCUCCAUAUUUAUUCUAUAUUGAUUGUUUGGAUUUUCAAAUUAUUGGUGCUUCACCUGAAUUAUUAUGUAGUGCAGAUAAUAAAAAUAAAAUUAUUACACAUCCAAUUGCAGGUACUAUAAAACGUGGUAAGACUGCAGAAGAAGAUGAUGAAUUAGCAUCCGAAUUAUAUGGUUCUUUAAAAGAUCGUGCUGAACAUAUUAUGUUGGUCGAUUUAGCAAGAAAUGAUAUUAAUAGAGUUUGUGAUCCAUUAUCUACUAAAGUUGAUAAAUUAUUAACUGUUCAAAAAUUCUCUCAUGUACAACAUUUAGUAUCACAGGUUAGUGGUACAUUGAGACCAGAGAUGACAUGUUUUGAUGCUUUUAGAUCCAUUUUCCCAGCUGGUACUGUUAGUGGUGCACCAAAGGUGAAAGCUAUGGAAUUGAUUGCAGAAUUAGAAGGUGAAAGACGUGGUGUCUACGCAGGUGCCGUAGGUAACUGGUCUUAUGAUCAAAAGACAAUGAAUACAUGUAUUGCGCUAAGAACAAUGGUUUAUAGAGAUGGUGUUGCUUAUCUACAAGCUGGUGGUGGUAUCGUUUUUGAUUCCGAUGAAUAUGAUGAAUACGUUGAAACUAUGAACAAAAUGUUAGCUAAUCAUAGUACAAUUGUUCAAGCUGAAGAAAUCUGGGCCUCUAAAGUAGGUACCGCAUAA